AUGGCAUCCCUAAUGUGGCUCAAGGCUUUGGACUUCAAGGCCCACAUCCUCAAGGCCUUCAUCUUGGUCGAGGAUCUCGUGGGCUGGCACCCCGUCGGCCCCGACGGCGUCGCAACACCAGACCUAUUCCCCUCCAUCUGCCCGAUGGAGGCUCCCGGGCUCGCCAUCAACCACACGCCGCAGCAGGUCGUCUGGUCGCACAAGCCGGUCUGCAAAGGCUACGUCGCCGACCCGGCCUCCAAGUACUGCGUCUACACCGACACGCAGUACGGCCCCAACGGCAUCAGCAUCAUCGCCAAGCAGCGCGUCAUGGACGCCAGCAUCCUCGAGUGCUUGGCCAACAACCGCACCAUCCUCCCCAAGAACACCCAAGCACACUUCUCCCGAUCGACCAGCCCCCAGCCGUACGAGGUCGUCGACGUCGAGGGCAAGGGCAAGGGCCUCGUCGCCACGCGCCCUAUCGCCGCGCAUGAGGUCAUCCUCACCGACGAGGCGACCCUCAUCAUGGACAAGAACAUCCAGCGCUGGAUGACGCAGCCUGACGGCUACAAGCUGCUCAACGCCAGCAUGGCGCAGCUGCCUUCCCCCGCCGUCAUCGCCGACCUCCACCGCCUGCCGACCGCCAAGGGCAACCUCGUCUUCGACACCCUCAACGCGAACAGCCUCACCAUCAAGCUGCGCAUGCCCAACAUGGCCGUCCUCCCGCGCAUCGCGCGUAUCAACCACGACUGCCGCCCCAACGCGUACAUGCGCCUGCCCACCGACGGGCUGUCCGGCACCGUCGUCGCGGGCGAGCAGGGCAUCGCGCAGGGCGAGGAGAUCACCAUCAGCUACUUGCCGGUCGAGUACGCAAGACAGCGCCGCCAGCGGAACCUGGUGAAGGAUUGGGGGUUCGAGUGCGGGUGUAAGCUGUGCACCAUGCCGGAGGAGGAGGUGGCGGCGUCGGAUGCGAACAGGAAGAGGCUGCACGAGCUGGAGACGAAGUCGCAGUAUGCUUCGUAUGAUAGCAAGACGGAGGAGGCGAUCCAGCUUACCGAGGAGAGCUUGGAGGUGCUCCGCGAGGAGGACUUGAUGAUCACGGCGAAGUGGCGGUAUAUGUGGCUCGCGAUGUUGUACGAGAAGCUGGGCCGGGAGGACGAGAAGGAAAAGUAUGAGAAGAUGGCGGAUGAGUGGGAGGAGAAGUGGCUGGGUGAUGAUGUGGAUUGGGAGAUCCGAGCAUAA